AUGGCUCCGUCGAUCGGGUCUGAUAGGCACCUUGAGAUGCAGGAAGCACGAGGUAGAUCGAUGCGUGUGAGAGACAGUCGAACUCGGUAA